GAUCGUCCGAGUUUAAUAUUUAUAUUUUAAAAUCCGAAUUUCCUUGCUGCUGAAAUGAAACGUUGAUAGAAGUUGAACAUCAUACAGUGACCAGUUGUUGCACCAUCAUGUAGAUAUUUUAAUACACCUCCAAUUUCUAUCUGUAUGAACACUGUGAAGGGUCACAGAGAAUUUGGGUCUGACUUGUAAAUAUUAAAUGAGAGUGUUAUCUUCCUCCCUUCAUUGAGUGGACUCAUUGUGUAGACUCAUUGAGUGGAUUCAUUGAGUGGACUCAUUUUGAGUGUGCUGACGAAGAACGAGACGGAAUGUGUUCGUCCGAUUCUGAAUGGUAAUGGCAGAGAGCGAUGUCCAGAGCAAAGAAGAAGGAAAAACCAUGGUGUUUAUUCCCGUAGGACGGACCGUACAGAGACCCACCAUACUGCCCACCACCUGCAGUUUCCGGCGGCUCUACGUUCAUGUUUGUUUGUUUGCGGUCGUUGUCGUAGUGAUUCUGGUGUUACGAGCGAUCUCCAAUGUCCGAGUGGUGUUCGUACAGUACCACUCCAGCUCUGACACCGACGGAGAGCUAGUCGUACUGCCAGAGAAGUUUGCCGUCUCAAGGGGGGCGUAUUGUUUGGAUGGAUCCUCACCUGGGUAUUAUAUUAGAUAUGGGAAGAGUCCAAAUCUGAACAAAUGGAUCAUACAUCUGCCAGCAGGUGCCUGGUGCUCAUCAGUGGAGGACUGCUACAGCAGGAGUUUUACAGAGUUGGGAUCCAGCGUAGAGGCACCAAUGUUCCGAGCUUUCAAUGGAAUUCUAUCUCCGAGUGAGUCGGAAAACCCCAAGUUUCAUAUGUGGAAUAUGGUGGAUUUUCUUUACUGUGAUGGGGGAUCAUUUCUAGGAAACAGGAACAAUGUGAUCAGCCACAAGUCUAAGAAGCUUUACCUGGCGGGAUUCCAGGUGUUUAAUGCUCUGAUCGACUACUUAGUGGAGCACACAGAGCUCAAGGGGGCCGACCAAGUCAUACUCAUCGGGUCCUCAGCUGGUGGGGUUGGAGCCACAGUAAAUGCUGACUACCUGAGGAAGCGACUGACCGGCGUGAACUCGCUCCACCUGGUGGUGGAUGGUGCUAUGUUUGUGGACAACCCCGAGCAGACACGGCAGCAAGUGAUGAGGAACAUCUUCAAGAAUACUUUCUACCUCCAUAACAUACAAGGUGCAGAAAGUAUUCAGGAGUGUACACAGAAGCUUCUAGGUGAUGAUCAAUGGCAGUGCCUUCAGCCCACCUUCUUCUACAAGCACCUGUUCACACCCGUUUUCUUCCUGAACUCUCUCCACGAUGCUUGGUACAGUAAGAACGCCAUGGGAGUGAACUGUCCGUUCUCCACAUGUAGUCAGGGUGACAUUAACAUCCUAGAUCAACACAGGAGUUCCCUCCUCUCCAAGGCGUCCUCGAUUCUACAGUCCCUUCAGGACGGGAUUUACCUCACUUCCUGUCCCGUUCACACAAUGACUAUGAACAAACGGUUUUCUUCACAGUUGAGUGAAGGCGGCAUUUCUCCGCAGAAUGCCUUAAUGAAGUGGUAUUUCCACCAAGUGCCCAAUUAUACAUUUGUGGAGAACAUAGAUUUCAGAAAGGCUACAGCAGUUUGUAAGCUUGAUAGCUGAAGUGAUGAGCAAGUGCUCAUGGCAACAAAGUUUGUUGACAAUGUGCUAGUUUGUGUCUCAAUUAGAUUGCUUUAUACAUGUAUUAGUGCUUUAAUAGUGGUAUGAAAAGGGUUGUGAAAAUUUCAAAAUUGUGAUCAACUCUGAAGACCCAAUUGAUUCACAUCCAUCUGUGCAGUUAUUUAUUACCUUGAUCGACUUCAAAUUUACAUGUAUUUUUUUUUGUUCUUAACCUGAUCUUCAUAACUAUUUUACCUACACUUUCAUAAUAAUGGUACAACAUACUUGUAUCUGCAAAUUUGAA